AUGAAUAAUGACGAUUAUUAUGAAAUAACAACACAAUUGGACGCUAGAGAAAUAUUACGAUACUUAAACAAUUUAGGUAUACAAAAUAUAAGUGGUGAAGUUUUAAAAUAUUUUAUAACAGAUCUUAAGAAACUUAUUAAGUAUGACUUGCAGCAUAAAAAAGAAAAUUUGAACCCAAAGAAAACAUAUGAAUUAGGACCUGAAAGAUUACACAGUGCUAGCACCUUUUCAUCUAGAACAAGAUCAAGGGGGGCUUACAGUGAAAUUUGCUGUAAAGAAUAUCCGAAAACAAAAGCAAUGUUAAAUUUUCGUAAUGCUUGUUCUUCAGCGCCUACUAUUGCAAUUCCAAAAAUUGAAGUUGAAGUACCAAAGAGAGCAUCUUCUUGUGUAAGAAUUGAAAAUAAACCUGCAAGAAUGUCUAAAGAACCAAGAGCAACAUCAUCCCUUAAUAAUAAUUUAAUCAAGGUUCCAAAGCAGCCUUUAAAAAGAAAAACUGACCCUGUCUCUUUAUAUCACUAUUAUACAUCUUUGUGGGCAAAAUAUAAACCAAAUGUACCUGGUGAAAACAACUGGUCAGAACUUAGAUGGAGCAUAAGACAAAAAAUGGCUGGUAGUUUUCCAUGUCCAUCUAGUAGGGCUGUCACCAUAACAAAUAAAGAAGAAAUGAAGAGUAAGAAAUUAUAA